AAACAUAUUCUCAGACUUUAAUAGUUCAGCAAUUACUCUGCUUGUUUUUAUUGCAGUGCAAUAACUUCACAAUUUUUUUUUCAUGGAAUGUGAAAGUUUCUGCCAAGGCCAGUAUUGCCCAAACCUUGCCCUUUAGAAUGUGAUGAGGGACCUUCUGGAAUUGCUGCAACCCUUCUGAUGCUGGUACUGUUAAAAGGCAUUUGGAUUGGUAAUUUAUGGGUUUUCACUAGGUGUUGUUGCAUCCAUGCAUGGUCUCACACUUUCUUAUUCCUUCCCCAACACCCAACCUGCCAGGAUCUUUUUCCAGUUCUCUACUCGGUUAUUCCUGAUUUCCUUUGCUAUGAUUGGCAGCUCUACUUCAAAAUUAUUCAGGCCUGAGGUGUAAUUUGGGGUAUAACUCCCCUAAUUUAUUCGCCUCUCUACGCUUUAUUAUUCCUUUAAAUUUUUAUUUUUGAACCAAAAAUUCUGUCACUUAGUUGUCUGAAUCUUUCUUUUGGUGGCUUACUGUGAAGUUUUACCAUCUUGGCUGUCUUGACUAUGAAGUCCUUCGAGAUGUUUUACUAAAGCGGCAUAUACUGUAAAUGCAAGUUGUGCAGUAAAACUGUUAGUUUCGGUCACUGUGGUAGAAAGCGGAUAUUUAACAAUCGUUAGCGGUACCAAAGACCCGAGUGGUGUACAUCAAAUAAAUAUUUAGCAGCUACGUGAAGUAGGAUAUUUGUACAGUGGGUUGAGAUGUUGAAUUGUAUCCAAAUGUGCUAAGUUUUAAAAAUGAUUUCCAUCAUCCUUAUGAUACAAAUAUCCGUCCACAAAGGAGGCGUGGUCUCUGAUCUUGUGCAAAAUGACUAUUCUGUAAAUAAGGGCUCGAUAUAACGAAUAAGAGCUUUUAAGGUUUGCACCCUGUCAAAUGUUUGCUCUGCAACAGUGCAGGGUUCUCGCGCGCUUUGCACCUGGCAGGACCCAGCAGCGCGCGAAACCCGGAGGCGGGACUGGAGCUACACACAUUUAGCAGUUAGCAGCAGUCCUACAGCAAAUAACUCGCUGUUACUCGAGGAAAGGAAAUACUAUGAAAAAACUGCAUGUUAAGCAGAUAGACCUUUCUGGAAAGGAAGAAUUUAAAGACUUCAGAAACGUGGCAUUGGUUCCCAUGGAAACAUCAUCAUCAGAUGAUAGCUGUGAUAGUUUUGCUUCAGACAAUUUUACGAACAGUAAAGCAAAAUUCAGAGCAGAGAUCCUGACAGACGAAUUGGCUCAGAUUUUUAAUGAGGAUUCUGACAACGAAUCAUUCGAUGGUUUUUCUGAAAGUGACCUCAAAGAUGUUAUGGAAGCAAUGAGCGUUGAAUCAUCUGAAUCAGAAGAAGAAAUAACUUAUGAGGAUGAUGUAAAAUCUGCAAAGAAUGCCAAAACACGGAGCAAACAAUCUUUCCCGUUACGUGUGGCAUUCAGAUUUCCAACUCAGAAAAACAAAAUUCUGCCAAUAGCAGACUCUUGUACUCCUUUAAAUAAGGAUUCGGCUUCUGAAUCUGAUUCUGAUGUGGAUGAACCCAGAGGAACAAGCUUUCUUGAGAAAAGAGCUCUAAAUAUUAAGGAAAACAAAGCUAUGCUGGCGAAAUUGAUAGCAGAGCUGAAGACUGUUCCAGGACUUCUGCCACGCAGAGUUUCAGUUCAAGGAACGCCAUCAAAACCAAAGCGUCCGCCACGAAAUGCAUUCUCAGAAAAUGCUUCUAGACGAAAUCCUGAGCGGUGCGCUCGGCCUCGCACUCGGUCGAGAUCUUUGAUUGAUGGUCCUCCUUCUCCAUCAUUUGAGCAAGAAGAUAAUGUCAGUUUUAUGAGGAAAAGAAAGUUUCUGGAUAAUGACUUCUCUGAGGAUGAAGUACCUCUUCGCAGAAGAAGUCGACCCAGCAUUCUUACCAUUCCACAUGUGGUUCGAUCAGUUGAGGACAUAACACAAGAGGAGUUGGAAAAUAUUUCUUUUUCAGCUAAAGACAAAAUUUAUAGUCGAACCACAGGUUCCACUUGCCACCAAUGCCGUCAAAAGACUAUUGAUACAAAAACCAAUUGUCGAAACCCAGAAUGUGUAGGAGUCCGUGGACAGUUCUGUGGGCCGUGUCUUCGCAAUCGCUAUGGUGAAUUUGUUAGAACUGCUUUAUUGGAUGCUAAUUGGCAUUGUCCACCUUGUAGAGGAAUCUGCAAUUGCAGCUUCUGUCGACAACGUGAAGGUCGCCGUGCCACAGGUGUUCUUGUUUACCUGGCCAAAUAUCAUGGAUAUGAUAACGUUCAUGCUUACUUGAAUAGCCUGAAAAAAGAACUUCGAAUGGAAGAUUAACAAGCUACAGUGAACCAGUUUCUUGGAAGCAACGCAGAUCCUUUGAUAAAUUUACUUUGUUUUCACAAUCCAUUCUUGUUUUAACAAUUCUUGCUAAAUACCUGGGCUAGGUUUACAAAAAUAUGCUUUAACAUAGAUCUUCAUUUACAAUAAUUUGGAUACUGAACAUACCUAGCAUUGUUCUGUUAUGGGAUGGGAGGACGUUGCACAUGCUCUUAGAUUUGUAAAUGUGAUUGUUCAGUUUUAGUCUGACACAAGAUAGACAUUAUUUUAGGACAUUGACAGCAAAAAGAAAUUGCACAGUAGCAUGCUUUUGACAGCACAUAAAUCCUUCAAUAGUCCACUGUCAUUUAUUCUACUUUGAUAGCCCUAUUCUAUAAUAUCGUCCAAUUUUAAAUAUCCAGCUGCUCAAUUGUAAAUGUCAUCUCAUGUAUACUUAAGUCAAAACCAAUUGCUCACAAAAUCUUAAAACUUGUUUGGUACAGAAAUGUUCUAGAGAUUGACUUUCACUCUAAAUUAUGCAGUUGGAUUUUUAAAUCUCAUUUUAAUGGUUAACAAAUUAACCAUACCUAUCUAGUAUCGCAUGUACCAGUAAAUUUUGCUACUUUUUAGCUUCGCAGCUUCUACUAAGACUUUACUGCUACAGAGCUUUCUACAUGAAAUUUAUCAUACAUGACUAACAUGUGAUUGCUUAGCUACAUCUGCACCCCACUUGGUGCAAGCACUUAGCCACACUAAUGCACCAUGUUUUUAGGGUGCAAGUGGAAUGUUUGAAGUUGCAACUUACCCUUCCCACUCUUACAUUGUGAGAGGGAUUUACAUCACAAAAUGCACUCUAGUUGAACCAUACAAAAUUGAAUAAAUUUGCAUCUAAAAGGUACUUGAAUGCCUGGAAAGGAGGGUGAAGUAUUUGCUGUUUUGCGUUUUAAUGUUAUAUUUUGCCACUUGUAUCAUAUAUAUUAGGAUUGAUUUUGUGGUAUGUUCCUAAUGCUGGCUAUCUGCAAGAGAACAAAUGAAUUUAAGCAGAAGCUAUCGAUCAGAUUGGUGUAAAUUAUGAAGUAUUAACAUACACUGUUGCCAAGUUGCAGUCAUUGUUUUGCUCGUGGUAAAGUGUUGAAUUUUUUUUAAUGUUCUGAAUAUAUUAUAAAAACUUUAUUUUUGAAUAUUUUAAUUGUGCAAAUACUUUACACACAACUGAAUUUGUUUAUUAAUAACCAUGCUGGCAAAUACUGACAGAUUUACAUUUUGUAACUCCUGGAAUUUAAAUAGUUAACUAUCGUUAAUGAAAGCCAAUAUAGGAAGAAAUAUACUGAAAUUGAAAUCCUGCAACUGAAUAGAGGUAUAUUCCAGUAAGUAUUAUAAUUGCAUGUGCCAUGAAUUUCUUUUCUCCUAAUCUAAUAAAGUCACAGUAUAUUUACUCAGGGUUUCCACAGAUAUUUCAAAAUAUUAUACUAAUUAAGAGAAUCAAAAAUUUCAAUAAGUUUCUCUAAAGUUCAGCAGUUGUAGGCUUUUAUGUGAAAUUUUGAGAAAAGAAUAUUAGUAUGUCUAAACUGCAUAUUUCUUUAAUAAUAUUCCUCAUAAUUGUCUCAGUGUCAGAAAGCAGCCAUGUUAAUGAAAUAAAAACUCCAGUAAAAGUAAUACUAAAAUUUAAAAUCACUCCCAACGUUGAACUUUUCCUGAAACUCUGUUUGUUACAGCUAGGUAACAAAAUACUAAUUUGGAGGAGGAUGGUUUGAGAAAGCACAAGCGGGUUUUAUGCUGGAUUCUAAUCUC